AUGGCCACUAUUGCCCUACCCAGACCUAUUCCUCCUCACCGCCCUUCUUCCACAAUCGAUGCCGGCGCCGAUACGAUCACCCCGCCACCUUCGCUUGACUCGUCUGUGACGGCUGCCUCGUCACAGCAUGCCGCUCUACCCAACAAACAUAUCCCAGCAUGCCCUACGGGACCUGCUAAGUAUACCGACCUAGAUACACCUCCACCUUCGCCAGGAGGCGCGCCUGAAUUUCGCCAAGCAUCACUUUUAUACCCGCCCGAUAACUAUGCCAAGACCGUGGCUGGACCUCUUACCAUCUAUGAAGUUGUUGCAUCACAGGUUGCCGAAGCCCUGGAUUACGCAGCUAAUCAGCCGCUUCCUUCACCGUCUGCCGUCUUUCCAUGGCUGCACGGCUUACAUCCUCUCAAUCACAUGCAGCAAACAUUCUUCACAGGUCGUCGAGGAUCAAUUCUUAAGCCGCCAUCAGGUUUCAGAGCAGUUACUCUCGUCAAAGCUGAUGGCGAUCUCACCAACAGUCGUCUCAAGGGUGCCAUUGGCCCCGAAGAGUUUAUGAAGAACAGCCCGUCGGCCGAGUUCAUAGACCCAGACCCUGCAGAUGGCUUCUCUGUGCGAAAUUUUCAAAUCCAGACCUCGAAGAUGGCUCUUGUUUCCGACAUCAUUGUUUACGGCGAAGACGUGCCCCAAACUAGGCGAAUGGCUUGGGAUAUUGCUGCUGCGCAGAAGAGGUGGCAAGAGCAGAAUGGCAUCCACGCAGACGGCAUUCAAGAUUACAAUUGCUUUGUGUGUACCUGCCCAUUUUCCGACUUUGAGCGGCACCACGGCGAUCUCGUAGCUGUCGAUGCCGCGGGCUGCCUAACUGGCCAAGUCUUGGACUUGGUUCACCAGGAAAGAAGAGAAAUGUGGGAUAUGACAAUCGCCUCCGAGAUAUCUCACAAUGUUUACAUGGGCCCAACCCCGGAGCCAGGAAGCUACGAAGAGCAGCGCUUUGACGUCUUGAUCGAAUGCAGCGACCUCGGUAGGAUGAACCCGGAGUUGCUGAAGCAGGUUGCCAAGUGCUGCUCUGAAAAAGUGUCCGAGGUCUUUCACGAGUUUCCUUCCUCAGGGAGCAUACUCCCUCCCACAUAUUCUCAGACAGAAGCUGACGGUAUUUUAAACACUUGCAAAUGGCUGUACCAUAUUUCGCAUGGCACACUCCCAGACUCCGAAAAUAUGGAAGACAAAGAUGGAGACGCAACGAUGCGUUCUGACGAAGACGGGGAUCGAGGCAACCCACGAGCUCGCAAAAUCUUGAUCCACUGCGCCGAUGGCUAUACCGAAUCCAGUAUGCUAGGUAUAGCAUAUUUCAGUUAUAGCUCUGGGCUGCCAGUACCAGAUGCAUGGCUGAAUCUUCACACGACAAAAAAGCGAAAUUUUUUCGCAUACCCUACUGAUGUUGCCCUUCUGAAAGCCAUUUCCCCUCGCCUCCUUCGCGAGUCUCCGGAGUGCAGGGAGAGAGAUACUAGCGACCUCAUGGCUCUGGUUAAGAAUGAACCUGACUGGUUUUGCGGCCUAGAUGGCUCAUUGCCUAGCCGUAUCCUCGAUUACAUAUAUCUUGGCAACCUUGGUCACGCCAACAAUCCAUCCCUCCUACGAGAAAUGGGUAUCGGACAGAUCCUGUCGGUCGGCGAGACUGCUUCUUGGCGUGAAGGAGAUUUAGAGGCCUGGGGAGAGCAGAAUGUUUGUGUUGUCCAAGGAGUGCAAGACAACGGUAUUGAUCCCUUGACAAACGAAUUUCAGCGGUGUCUUGAAUUCAUUGAUCGGGGGAAGCAGCUCGGAACAGCAACUUUGGUACAUUGCCGCGUCGGCGUUUCGCGAAGCGCGACCAUAUGCAUUGCCGAGGUGAUGCGCGUCCUUGGACUCUCAUUUCCACGAGCAUACUGUUUUGUCAGAGCUCGACGAUUAAACGUUAUUAUACAACCUCAUCUGCGAUUCGCAUAUGAGCUGUUACAGUGGGAGCAAGCUCUAUUGCAGCCCGAAGAUGCUGAAGGGACAUUCCGACGGGAACUUGAGUGGGCAGAAAUAACGCGAGAAAUCGCGCUGAUGAAUAAGCCAUAUUCUCGAUGA